GAUCAGUGUGUGUUUACAGCGAGCAUACAGAAUGCUGUUCUACACACUGCUGGUUCUGGGGAUGCCCGCCGUCUGGGCUCAGCCGUACCCCAUUCCGCCAACCUGCUACACCAAAGUCCUGAACAUGGGCAAAGACAUCACGCAGAGGGCGGCAGAAAUUAAACAAGACCACGACACUCACAGAUGCGCCGCUCACCUGCCGGACCUGUACAUCGACGUGCAUAAUGCCUGUGUGAUGUCCGCGAUGAACACAUAUCUGUCUAUGCUGAACGAUCUGAGAGAACGCAGAUGUGGCUACAACAGGAAAGUGAAGAAUCUUGCUUCUGUGAUCAGACAACUAUACUUAAUCAUGUCACAGAAAUGUCACGGGGAAUUGGUUUUCACUCAUGAUAACUGUGAAGCUUUGCACCGCAGACGAUGGAGAGGCUGAAAUCACUUCAUGCAGGACUGCAAGACAUUGUGGAUGGAUGGAGCAUGAUUGUACAUAAAUCAGCUUUUCACUUAUUAUGGUAACAGAUGUUAUUAAUUUAAUGAUUAUAACAGAGAUGAUUGAGCGGAUGGAACAAAUAAUCGAUUUUCUUACAUUUAAACAUGAUAGUUCGCACCAUAAUCACGAUUGUGUGAUUUCAUGACAAAAAUUUUUUCAUUGAUGUAAUGUUUUUUAUGCAUGUUAAUUAAAAUAAUAUCCUUAUUUGAAAUAAACAUUUAUUGAAAGACAAA